AUGGGAAGAGGCGGCAAGCGUGAUUACAAGCCGAAACGUGGCGGAGGCAAGUCCUUCUCCAAGAACCUGCAACCAUUGGAUGAGAAUGGCAAUGAAGUGAAUACGCCCGACAGAUGGGAACCGCGCAAUAGGCGCCAACAGGAUGCUGAGGACUCUGAGAGUGAAUCAGGUAGCGAGUCUGAGGACGGAUCCGGAAGUGGCAGUGAUGAUGAUAGCUCAGAGGAUGGGCUCAUGGGAGCUGGUGCGCCUAAGUCAAAGUCUGAUAAGAAAGCUGCUGGCGCCUCAUCUUCAACAAAGGGCGAUGCGCCAGCAGCUGCGAAUGCCAACCGAGCGCUCAAUAAGCCCAUGUCUGCCAAAGAGCUGGCAGCAGCAAGUACAGAAGGCAGUAGUGCGCGUGCAGGCGGUGAGAUGAGCAGACGCGAUCGAGAAGCACUCGAGGCGAAAGCGGCAAAGGAGCGCUACUGGAAAUUGCAUCAAGCUGGAAAGACCGAUCAGGCCAAAGCCGACCUUGCUCGUCUUGCAGAAGUCAAGAAGAGGCGUGAGGAAGCAGCUAGAAAGCGAAAGGAGGAAGAAGCAAGCGUUGCCGAGGAGCUCAAGGCUUCACUCGAGCGCAGUGGCAAUCUUGGCAAGAAGAGCUAG